CUGGAUUUUCUUUUUUCUGUUUUCUUUAUGUUAGCUCGUUCAAACCCGAGAGAAAGUUACAUGUAAAAUAAAAAGCAAUAGGCACAACUCGUUCUUUGAAAGCCUUUUCUCUUACACUUUAUCAUAUAAAAAGAAAUAACCCAAUUUGUGCAUAUCAUAACUCAUAAGGUCAAGAUCUGCGAUUGUUGGGGCGGUUGUGUUAUCGACAAAAGGAAAAAAAAAGGAGAUCAUGGGGUGGCUGUCGGGGCUGCUGUGUUGAUCGGUGCUGCUGGUGGAGGUGGGGGCUGCAAAAAAUUAUGCUCAGUAGCUAUAUCAGGAAUUCAAGAAUUGCUUUAAGAAAUUCUGUGGAAAGAAACCCCUUAGGAUUAUUUAUGAGAUGCCACCACUGCACAGCUAGAAGAGCCCUGUUGAAAUACUCCAUUUCUUUAAAACCCAUAUAAAUGCAAAGUAUACAUUUAUUUUUUUAUUUCUUUUAUGUUAUGUUAUGUUCUUUUAAUGUGUUUUAAGCUUAUUUGAUAUUAUUAAAAUUUAUUUUAAAAGUUUUGCACGGCUCUAAAAUUUUAUGAAUUAAUUUUUAAAAGAUAAGAAAUUUGUAUUUUAUUUCAGGUGUUUUUUUUUUAAUGAUGUUGGAGUUUGGUAUAUUAAAAUAAUAUUUUUUAUUUUUAAAAUUAGAAUGUUAAAAUAAUAUAAAAAUAUAAAACAGUUAAAUAAAAAAUGGAAACACCGCAAUCCCUUACCUUUGAUGUGCUUGGUUUCCUAAUUUAAUUAACUAGCGAGCAUUAAUUUAGCCAAAAAUGGUUUUUUUUUUUAAUUCAUCUCCUUGUUCAUAUCUUUCUAUGAGGUUUGAAACUGAAUGUAUUGCCUAAUAUAGGCUGUAUUGUGCUGGUGGUGAAACUGAAUGCUGUGUUGAGUUUGGCGGCCACCAAUAUUUCAGUCAUCAAACCCAGAAAACAACCACCUAAUAUAUCUUUACUUCAAUCCAAUACAAACAAAUCCCUUCUCAUGCCAAAUUAAAAAAAAAAAAAACAUCCGGUUCUUGUCCAAGCCUGAAACCUCUGCUCUCCCUUUGUGCUGCAUUCAGUUCAAGUGUUUGUCAAUCUGCUUAUUACAAUAAUCAAAAAGAAAAAGAAAGAGUCUUUUUUAUUCAACAAUUUCUCCUGGUCUAAGGUAAGAAGAGUUCAUUCAAUCUCUCCACACAAGUCAAGGCUUAAUCUUGGGAAAAGAACGACCUUUCCCUUUAUAAAACCACGUGGCAACAAUGGCAGCCAGUCUGUCUGCCACUUCUCUUUCUAUGAUAUCUCAGCGACCCAAAUCGCCAAUUCAUGAUUUUGAAGACAAAAAUUGCUGCUUCUGGACUCGACCGAGUUGCCACCUGAAGCAAAGAAACAUAAUCAGAAAUGUAAGUGGAGGUACAAGCAGAAAAGGUACGACUCUGGUCUCUGCUUCACUGUCUACUAUUUCUAGGAAAUCAGCUUCUACAAUACCUGCAUUCAAUGAGUUGAUUGAAUCCUUGAUUAAUAAGGUGGAUUUGUCAGAAUCUGAGGCUGAAGCAUCAUUAGAUUAUUUACUCGAUGAUGCUAGUGAGGCCGUGAUCAUUGCUUUCUUGGCACUGCUGAGAGCCAAGGGAGAGACUUUUGAAGAGUUAAGUUUAGUGCAUUUAUUGCUUUUCCAAGUAGGCAAGUAUAUUCCAAGCAUCUCUCCUUUAAAAGGUAGGGAUAAUGUGACACGAUUGUUGGAUUAGCAAGGGCAAUGUUUAAGCAUGCUAUAAGGUGGAAGGGUUAGCUGAUGUUGUGGAUAUUGUUGGAACGGGCGGCGAUGGUGCAAACACCGUUAACAUUUUUACAGGAGCAUCAAUACUUGCUGCUGCUUGCGGUGCUAAAGUAGCCAA